GCCUAUAUUCUCUGCGGGGGGAAUCUCCACGAGGGCAACUUCAUACUCGCUCUCGCGCAUAGUGACUUGUGUACUUUCUCUGAAACAAAAAAAUAGGAAAAGAAAAGAAAUUCGUCGUUCUACGCAGCUUGAUCUCGUACACUCUCGGUCAAUGCCGUUGCUCUAGCAAUUGUUACUUGUUUGCGCAAGCAAUUUGCCAAGGGAGCCCUCUUUGGAUAUGAGUUCGUUGAACUGGAGUUGAUUAAUGGCUGGAAAUGUGAGAUUCAAUUCAAAUUCAGUUAGUCCAGAUGAUUUGGCUUAUGCAGCAAACUAUCCAGAUGGGCAGAGAGUUAAUUAUCCCAAUGCCGGUUUGGAUAGAUCUGGAAGCUUCCGGGAGAGCGCUGAAAACAGGAUGUUUAGUUAUGGGGCUAGUACGUCGCGCGCCUGUGCUUCAUCAUCUGGGGAUUUGCCUCGAUUAACUCAGUGUUUGACACUGGAUCCUAUUUCAUUGGGGGAUCAAAAAUAUACUCGGUUGUGUGAAGUGAGGAGGGUUUUGGGGAUUUCUCUUGGGAGUUCCUCAGAGGAAAAUUCUUUUGGAGCUGCUCAUACGAAGUUUCUCCCUCCAGUGGCUACUGAGGAGCUCAAGCGUUUUAAAGCGAGUGUGUUGGAUGCCUCGUUAAAAGCCAGGGGUAGAGCAAAAAGAUUGAACGAAUCCUUGCAGAAAUUGAACAAGCAUUGCGAAGCUUUAAAUUCUAAGAAGCAACAGAGGAAUGAUUCAUUCACGAGCGAAAAAUCAGGUGGGUUGAACAUAUUAAAGACGGGAAUGCAGAGUCAUCGAAAUCCUUCAGACCUUGGGAGUCAGAGAUUAGAGGACAGAACUAAGACUCUUGUUUUGCAAAAGCGAGUUCGCUCGUCGGUAGCCGAACUAAGGGCUGAUGGUCGUAGCCAAACCAUUGCAAGACAGCCCCUUGUUGUGGGAAAAGAUAGAGAGAUGCUUCGGGACGGUGGCGAAGGUUCUGAUGUGGUCGAAGAAAAGAUACGUAGACUGCCUACAGGGGGAGAAGGAUGGGACAAAAAAAUGAGAAGGAAACGAUCUGUAGGCACUGUUUCUACCAGGCCUACUGAUGGCAAUGUAGAGUCUAAACGAAUUAUGCAUCAUAAGCUUAACGGUGAACCUGGUCUGCAGUCUUCUGAUGCCCAAGGCUUCAGAUCAGGAUCUUUUAACGGUGCUGCUGUUGUUGGCAAGAUAGAUGACACUUUCUUGCCAGCUAGUUCAAGUAUGCGUACGACUCCCAAGAACGAUGGUGAAAGGGUUUUGUCUUCAAAGGAUUUGACUGGUGGAUUAAAUAAAGAGCGACUUGUGGCAAAAGAAAAUAAUAAAUCAAGUGUUCUUGAGGACAAUCAUAUGGUUCAUCCGGCUCAAGUGACAAAAGGAAAGGCUUCGUGGGCACCUCGAACUGGUCCUGUAAUUGCCGCUUGCUCAUCUCCGAAUUUUCCUCGUGUAUCUGGAGCUCUUGAUGGCUGGGAACUACCUUCAAGUGUAAAUAAAGUCAAUCCUGUCGGUGGAGCCAACAAUCGCAAGCGUCCCAUACCCACAGGAUCAGCCUCUCCUCCUAUGGCUCAAUGGGUUGGUCAGAGGCCUCAGAAAAUCUCUCGCACUAGAAGAGUAAAUCUGGUGUCUCCUGUCACUACCGAGGAUGAAUUGAAACUGCCAUCACAAGGUUGUCCCCCUUGUGACAAUGGUAGUAGAGUACAUACUGUUGGGACCAACGGAUCGCUUCUUGCUAGGGCUGCAGUUAUUGGUACUCAGCAAAUUAGGGUGAAGCAUGAGAAUAUUUCAUCUCCAGCCAGAUUAUCUGAAAGUGAAGAGUCUGGUGCUGGUGAAAACCGUGAGAAUAGAGUGAAAGAGAGAGGAACCGUUAGUGGUGAAGUAGAGGAAAAGGCGUUGGAUCAGAAUGCUGGUAUGUCUUUGUUGCUCCCAAAAAAGAACAAAAUACUUGUUAAGGAAGAGAUUGGUGAUGGUGUGCGGAGACAAGGUAGGAGUAGUAGGGGCUCAUCUUUUACUAGAGCUAGCAUUUCACCUAUGACAGAGAAGUUGGAAGGUCCUAAGCCGCUCAAGAAUACAAGGACGGGUUCUGAUAAGAAUGAAAGUUCCAGUAAGUCAGGGCGUCCUCCUCUGAAGAAAUUGUCAGAUCGCAAGGCAUUUACUCGUCUUGGGCAUGUACCAAACGGCACUUCCCCAGAUUUCACUGAAGAGUUAGAUGAUGACCGUGAAGAAAUAUUAGCAGCGGCAAAUUUCGCUUGUAAUGCUAGCUAUCUAGCUUGUUCUGGUUCAUUCUGGAAGAAAAUGGAACCUGUUUUUGCUCGUUUCUCCUCAGAAGACACAUCUUCUCUCAAGCAGCAGUUGGAAUCUAUGGAGGAGCUUCAUAAAGGGAUAUCUCCGAUGUUUGACCAUACCAAUGAUACUUUGGGUGAUCUUGUAAAGGCAGAACAUUUUCUAUUACACCUUGCAUCUGAAGAAACAGAGAGAAAUGUGCAGGAUCAAAUUCUCUUGGAAAGAGGACAGAAAUUUCCCCCGCUCUUUCAAAGAGUGUUGUCUGCUCUAAUUGUGGAAGAUGAAUUUGAAAACUUUGAAGAAAAGAAUGGAGGAAGAAAUAGUUAUUUUCAAUUCGGUGGAGAUGAUGCUCUUGGUGGUACUUGCCUGCCAAUAGAUGUUGAGCCUAGAAAGGGGAACGACAUUGACUUUGAAUAUGAGCCAAUGUUGGAUGUUAAAUCUCAGAUGCAUUGCUCUGUUGACCGAUAUUCCUGUAAUGGGAGUUCUCUGAAUAUUAGGUCCACAAGCAUGCAUAAUCAAUUAUGUAGUGAUGGUUUAUUCCAAGAGGUUAAUGGAUUUAUGGACUCAAAAAUUGGCAUCUUACCUGAGUUUUCUGAAGUUUGUGGCAAGGAACAGCCAUCUUUACAUGCAAGUUCAGUCAUUUCUGCCCACGAUUGCCCCUAUGAACAAAUGUGUCUAGAGGACAAACUUCUUCUGGAGCUGCAGAGCAUAGGCCUUUUUCCAGAGACUGUGCCUGAUCUAGCCGAUGGUGAGGAUGAAGCAAUUAAUCAAGACAUAAUUGAAUUACAGAAGGAGCUUCACAAACAGGUUGGUAAAAAGAACACUAACUUGAACAUCGUAUGGAGAUCACUUGAGGAAGGCAUGAAAGCGGAAAUACGGGACCUUGAGCAGGUUGCUAUGGAUAGACUUAUUGAGUUGUCUUACAAAAAGCUACUGGCUACUCGAGGAAGUUUUGCUUCAAAAUAUGGGGUCCCUAAAGUUUCCAGACAAGUUGCAUUGGUUUUUAUGAAGAGAACUCUUGCAAGGUAUCACAGGUUUGAAGACACACACAAAAGUUGCUUUAGUGAGCCAGCGCUUCAAGAUAUCAUUUUUGCUGCACCUCCUCGUGCUAAUGAUGCAGAGUCCACGAGUUGUUUUGGCUUGGUCGUUUCAGCAAAUAAGAAGCCUGAAGACUAUCAACUACAACAUGGCAAUUCAGGUUCAUCCGAUGCAUCUGGUGCUCCGGUUUACUCUUGUGACCAGGACUUUGCCAAAACAGGGCCAAUCUUGAACAGGGGGAAGAAAAAGGAAUUGUUUCUUGAUGAUGUUGGUGGUAGUGCCUCCUUCAGAGCUUCACCUCUUGGCAAUACUCUUUUGGGUGGAGCCAAGGGAAAGAGAGGUGAGAGGGAAAGGGACAAGGAUAAACUAGUCAAAAAUUCUGUCACCAAAGCUAGUCGUACAUCCAUGAAUAAUGUAAAGGUUGAGCGUAAAACAAAAUCCAAGCCCAAACAGAAGACAGCCCAGCUAUCCACUGCUGGAAAUGGAAUCAUUGGCCAGUUUGCAGAAGCAACUCAUCCUGCAUAUUCUUUACCUGGUGACUCUUAUGAAAAACUUUACAAUGAUAAUAAGAAAAGAGAAGUAAGGAUGAUGUCCCAUGGUAACAAUGCUCAGGAUUCAUCUAAAGAUGUGAGGGGACAUGUUGACAUUACAAACACGAAUGAAUUAGACCCUAUAGAAGAGUUGGGUGUGGCGGAUGAAUUCGGUGGGCAUCAGGAUCUGAGUAAUUGGUUUAACUUCGAAGAAGAUGGUUUACAAGACCAUGAUUCAAUGGGACUUGAUAUACCUAUGGAUGACCUCUCAGAGUUGAACAUGCUUCUAUGAGGAUACUAUAAUGUAAAUUCUUAUGGAUUUGGAUAAAAAGGUUGUUGCUGUUGUCAGAGACCCACCUGGUAUCAUAACUUAUUAUCUCUGGUAAAAUGGCACCUUGUAAUUAUUCCAUUCUUUUUUGUAAUACUUCUUUGGAAGAAGUAAAUAGGGGAAAAAAAAGAACAGGGAAGAAGAUAAAAGGAUAAAAGAAAAGGUCCUAUUUAUGCCCUCUAGAAUUUCUUUUCUUGUAACGAAAUUACAUUUUCUUAUAUAAAGUCUACUUUGAUGUUCUUUACCA